UCGCCGUUCCCAAGAUGGCCGCGGCGCGAGCCGCCCCUGCGGCGGGCUAGGGGCGGAGGCGGGGCUGAGCCGCUCCCGCACCCCGGGGCUCCGGGCCCCGGCUCCAGGCUGCGGCGACCGUCCGACGCGGCCAUGCUGGGCCCUGCGCACGGAUGAGGGAAGCCGCUCCCGCCGCCGCGCCGGUUCCUCCGCCCGCCUUGGCCGUCCCGCCCGCCGCCGCCAUGGAGGGGCCGCCGCCGCCGGAACCUGAGCCCGACCCCGAGCGCCGCCGGGCGGCGAGGCAAGAGUGCACAUUGGGAGAUUCAGCGUGCAAGAAUUCUGAAUCAGAUCUAGAGGAUUUUUCAGAUGAAACAAACACAGAGAACCUUUACGGCACCUCUCCUCCCAGCACACCUCGACAGAUGAAACGCAUGUCAACCAAACACCAGAGGAAUAAUGUAGGGAGGCCUGCCAGCCGAUCUAGUUUGAAAGAAAAAAUGAAUGUAUCAAACCAGCCUCCACAUAAAGACACUGGAAAGCCCGUGGAGAAUGUGGAAGAAUACAGCUAUAAGCAGGAGAAAAAGAUCAGAGCAGCUCUUAGGACAACAGAGCGUGAUCAUAAGAAAAAUGUGCAGUGCUCGUUCAUGUUGGACUCAGUGGGGGCGUCUUUGCCCAAAAAAUCGAUUCCAGAUGUGGAUCUCAAUAAGCCUUACCUCAGUCUUGGCUGCAGCAAUGCGAAGCUUCCGGUGUCUGUGCCCAUGCCCAUUGCCAGAACUGCGCGCCAGACUUCUAGGACUGACUGUCCAGCAGAUCGCUUAAAGUUUUUUGAAACUUUACGGCUUCUGCUAAAGCUUACCUCAGUCUCAAAGAAGAAGGACAGGGAGCAAAGAGGACAGGAAAAUACCUCUGCUUUCUGGUUUAACCGAUCUAAUGAACUGAUCUGGUUAGAGCUACAAGCCUGGCAUGCAGGAAGGACCAUUAAUGACCAGGACUUCUUUUUAUAUACAGCCCGUCAAGCCAUCCCAGAAAUUAUCAAUGAAAUCCUUACUUUCAAAGUUAAUUAUGGGAGCUUUGCCUUUGUUAGAAAUGGAGCUAGUUUUAAUGGUACUUCAGUUGAUGGGCAGUGCAGAGCCCCUCAUGGAACAAAGGUCAUGGGUUACUCAACAUAUCAUGAGCAUCUCCAGCGCCAGAGGGUUUCAUUUGAGCAGGUAAAACGGAUAAUGGAGCUGCUGGAGUACAUAGAAGCACUUUAUCCAUCACUGCAGGCUCUUCAGAAGGACUAUGAAAAAUAUGCUGCAAAAGACUUCCAGGACAGGGUGCAGGCACUCUGUCUGUGGUUAAACAUAACAAAAGACUUAAAUCAGAAAUUAAGAAUUAUGGGCACUGUUUUGGGCAUCAAGAAUUUGUCAGACAUUGGCUGGCCAGUGUUUGAAAUCCCUUCCCCACGAUCAUCCAGAGGCAAUGAGCCAGAAGAUGAGGGCGACGACACGGAAGGAGAACUGAAAGAGCUGGAAAGCAGUACGGAUGAGAGUGAAGAAGAGCAAGUUUCCGGUGCACGUGUGCUUGAACCCAGACAGCCCGUUGACACCAGUUUCAACAUCCAGUCGCAAGAUUGCAGAUCUAAGAAGCUUGAGAGGCUUGAAUCUGAGGACGAUUCUGUCGGCUGGGGGGCACCAGACUGCAGCCCAGAAGCAGGCUUAAGUAGACAUUGUCUGACUUCUAUUUAUAGACCAUUUGUAGACAAAGCACUGAAGCAGAUGGGGUUAAGAAAAUUAAUUUUAAGACUUCACAAGCUGAUGGAUGGUUCCUUGCAAAGGGCACGUGUAGCACUGGUAAAGAGUGACCGUCCAGCGGAGUUUUCUGAAUUUCCAGAUCCCAUGUGGGGUUCAGAUUACGUGCAGUUGUCCAGGACCCCACCCUCCUUGGAGCAGAAAGGCAGCGCUGUGUCGUGGGACGAGCUUCAGUCCAUGGAUUUACCUUCAUUCGAGCCCGCCUUCUUAGUUCUCUGUCGAGUCCUUCUGAAUGUUAUACAUGAGUGUCUGAAGUUAAGAUUGGAACAGAGACCUGCUGGAGAACCAUCUCUCCUGAGUAUUAAGCAGCUGGUGAGAGAGUGUAAAGAGGUGCUCAAGGGCGGCCUUCUGAUGAAGCAGUACUACCAGUUCAUGCUGCACGAGGUGCUGGGCGACCUGGACAAGACCGACUGCAACAUCGAUGCCUUUGAGGAGGACUUGCACAAAAUGUUAAUGGUGUAUUUUGAUUACAUGAGAAGCUGGAUCCAAAUGCUACAGCAGUUACCUCAAGCAUCCCAUAGUUUAAAAAAUCUAUUAGAAGAAGAAUGGAAUUUCACCAAAGAAAUAACCCAUUACAUCCGGGGAGGAGAAGCACAGGCUGGAAAACUUUUCUGUGACAUUGCAGGAAUGCUGCUGAAAUCUACAGGAAGUUUUCUGGAGUUUGGCUUGCAGGAGAACUGUGCUGAGUUCUGGACCAGUGCUGAUGACAGCAGUGCUUCAGAUGAAAUAAGGAGAUCUGUUAUAGAGAUCAGCCGGGCACUGAAGGAGCUCUUCCACGAAGCCAGGGAAAGAGCCUCCAAAGCACUUGGAUUUGCAAAAAUGUUGAGAAAGGACCUGGAAAUAGCAGCAGAGUUCAUACUCUCAGCCCCCGUCAGAGACCUUCUGGAUGUUCUGAAAUCAAAACAGUAUGUUAAGGUACAGAUUCCUGGCUUAGAAAACUUGCAGGUGUUUGUUCCAGACACCCUUGCUGAGGAGAAGAGCAUCAUUUUGAAGUUACUCAAUGCAGCUGCAGGAAAGGACUGCUCAAAAGACUCUGAUGAUGUACUGAUUGAUGCGUAUCUACUUCUCACCAAGCACGGUGAUCGCACUCGGGAUGCAGGUGACAGCUGGGCCAUGUGGGAAGCACAGCCCAUCAAAAUUGUCCCUCAGGUGGAGACUGUUGAUACCCUGAGAAGUAUGCAGGUGGAUAAUCUCUUACUAGUUGUCAUGCAGUCUUCCCAUCUCACAAUUCAGAGAAAAGCUUUCCAACAGUCCAUUGAGGGGCUCAUGACUCUACGCCAGGAGCAGACGUCCAGUCAGCCAGUCAUCGCCAAAGCUUUGCAGCAGCUGAAGAAUGAUGCAUUAGAGCUUUGCAACAGAAUAAGUGAUGCCAUUGACCGAGUGGACCACAUGUUCACUUCAGAAUUUGAUGCUGAAGUUGAUGAAUCUGAGUCUGUCACAUUGCAGCAAUACUACCGAGAAGCAAUGAUUCAGGGGUACAAUUUUGGGUUUGAGUAUCAUAAAGAAGUGGUUCGUUUGAUGUCUGGAGAGUUUAAACAGAAGAUAGGAGACAGAUAUAUAAGCUUUGCCCGGAAAUGGAUGAAUUAUGUCCUGACUAAAUGUGAGAGCGGUCGAGGUACAAGACCCAGGUGGGCAACUCAAGGUUUUGACUUCCUGCAAGCCAUCGAACCUGCCUUUAUUUCGGCUUUGCCAGAAGAUGAUUUCUUGAGUUUACAAGCCCUGAUGAAUGAAUGCAUUGGCCACGUAAUAGGAAAGCCACACAGUCCUGUUACAGGUUUGUACCUUGCUAUUCAUCGGAACAGUCCCCGUCCUGUGAAGGUACCUCGAUGCCAUAGUGACCCUCCUAACCCACAUCUAAUUAUCCCGACUCCAGAGGGAUUCAGCACUCGGAGCGUGCCUUCGGAUGCGCGGGGCCACGGCAGCUCUGCUGCUUCUGCUGUCACUGCCGUCGCCGUUGCUGGGCGCCCGGGCCCCUCGGGCAGCGACCCUGCGCCGCCCAAACCCGCCAGCAGUGCCCAUGAUACCAGGGGUUCCAGUGUCCCGGAGAAUGACCGAUUGGCUUCCAUAGCAGCUGAGCUGCAGUUUCGGUCUCUGAGUCGCCACUCAAGCCCCACCGAGGAGCGAGACGAACCAGCAUAUCCAAAAGGUGAUUCCAGUGGGUCAACUCGGAGAAGUUGGGAACUUCGGACACUGAUCAGCCAGACUAAGGAUACAGCUUCUAAACAAGGACCCAUAGAAGCUAUCCAGAAGUCAGUCCGAUUGUUUGAAGAAAAGAGGUAUCGAGAAAUGAGGAGAAAGAAUAUCAUUGGCCAAGUUUGUGAUACCCCUAAAUCUUAUGAUAAUGUUAUGCAUGUAGGCUUGAGGAAGGUGACCUUCAAGUGGCAAAGAGGAAACAAAAUUGGGGAGGGCCAGUAUGGGAAGGUCUACACCUGUAUCAGCGUUGACACUGGAGAGCUGAUGGCUAUGAAAGAGAUUCGAUUUCAACCUAAUGACCAUAAAACUAUUAAGGAAACUGCAGAUGAAUUGAAAAUAUUUGAAGGCAUCAAACACCCCAAUCUGGUUCGGUAUUUUGGUGUGGAACUUCACAGAGAAGAAAUGUACAUCUUCAUGGAGUACUGUGACGAGGGUACGCUGGAAGAGGUGUCGAGGCUGGGACUUCAGGAGCACGUCAUCCGGCUGUACUCAAAGCAGAUCAGCACCGCGAUCAACGUCCUCCACGAGCAUGGCAUAGUCCACCGUGACAUUAAAGGUGCCAACAUCUUCCUUACCUCGUCUGGACUGAUCAAACUAGGGGAUUUUGGAUGCUCAGUAAAGCUUAAAAACAACGCGCAGACCAUGCCCGGCGAAGUGAACAGCACUCUGGGGACAGCAGCAUACAUGGCUCCGGAAGUCAUCACUCGUGCAAAAGGAGAGGGCCACGGGCGAGCGGCUGACAUCUGGAGCCUGGGGUGUGUUGUCAUAGAGAUGGUGACGGGCAAGAGGCCUUGGCAUGAAUAUGAACACAACUUUCAGAUUAUGUAUAAAGUGGGAAUGGGGCAUAAACCACCAAUCCCUGAAAGAUUAAGCCCGGAAGGAAAGGACUUCCUGUCACACUGCCUUGAAAGUGAGCCCAGGAUGAGGUGGACGGCGAGCCAGCUCCUCGACCAUUCCUUCGUCAAGGUGUGCACAGAUGAAGAGUGAAGCUGAUCAGUCUGUGGCCUGGUAGUGUGUGUGCUCGGAAAGUUCCCUUUAUCACUACUGUAUGUAAUAUUUACAUGACUGUGCUGAGGAGCAGUGGAAGCCUUUCUGACCUUCCAAGACCGAAGACUGCACAGGUGACGAGGGUCACUCCUCCUGCUGCUCGUCUGUGUGACGUGGCGCGGGGCCUCUGAGUGACGGUGUUCGCGAGUAAAGAAGCUGCAUGUCGAGUGUCAUUACUACUGUGCACGGACCGUCGCCUCUGCUGCCCUGUUUCUCGUGUGACCGAGAACUGUGACAUCGGUGUGGUGUUUUUGACCUUGCUAGGUUCAAAAGCAGUGGUAGUGUUAUCAGGCGUCCGGGCCUUGCUGCCAAUCUCCUGUUUGUCGGGUGCACUGACUGUGAGACCUUACCUUUUCGUUGUUGGCAAGCCACAGGUUUGUUACACAAAAGGCUGGUUAAUGAAAUUUAAGAAAAAGGUUCUUUUUUCAAUAAAUGGUUUAUUUUAGGAAAGCUCAGUUAUAUUGUCUUUUAAUGGUUAUCAGAUUCAGAGCCAGCAUAUUAUUGGGUACAGAGGUCUGUCACAUUCCCUCACGUUCCUCCAUGGAAGGGGCACCAUCCCAUGGCCGAAGGUGGACGCUGCGCUGGGAGCUCCCUGAGAUGGAGGCUGUCCUCACCGGGAGGUGACAGCGCAGUGGAGCACUGCUGGGGUGUGAGAGGGCCCUUGCAGUGGUCUUAUGUUCACCAGCAAGUGCGUAACAGAGUCGAUGCCUUGUUAACCCUUGGGGCCCCAUUCACUUUUAAAUCAAGAUGUAUAGAUGCUGGGUCAGUAUAAAUACUAGAUAAUCUCUUGACAAAAAAGCCUCUUUUUCAGAAUGUAAACAUUAUGGCAGUUUUCUAAAAUAGCCCAAAUUAUGUGACAUUGAUAGGGUUCUUUAAUUUCUCUUUGCUUUAUAUUUUUUUAAAGAUUGAUCUUAAAGCCUCCUGAAAUCUCUGUAGAGGACGACUGACUUGCUCCUGACACACAGAGAGUGAUUUGUUAGGCAGGUUCUGCAUUCACCUUCCUUCCAGGGCAGCAGAUCCUCUCCAAGAAGUUAAUAUCCAGAGGAUGUUGGUAUCACAGAAGGAUUUAUACACUUAGAACUUUUUUUUAAUUUCAGUAUUGAAAAACACCUUUUUGAGGUAAAUAAUUCACAUAAUUUGUCAGUGUCCUAUUUAGUAACCUUGAGUGUAGCUACACAGUCAUACCACCACCUGCACAGUCCAUCUUAGGAUAUUUCCAUCAUCCGAGAGGAACAGCUCAUGGCUGUUUGCAGUCACUCCCAUUCCUACCCUGAGCCCUAGGCAACCACCAGGCCACUUCCCGUAUCUAUGGAUUUGCCUGUUCUGGACAUUCUGUAGAAAUAGAGUUUUACAGCGUGGUCUUUUGUUUCCAGCUGCUUGUACUAAGUGUAAUCUUCCUGAGUCUUAGCCGUGGUGUAGCCUGUAUCAGCACUCCAUUCCUUUUCAUUGCUGAAUCCCAUUCCCAUGUAUGGCCAUGCCCCAUUUUCAGUUACUCAUUUACUACUUGUACAUUUUCGUUAAUAUGAAUAUUGCUGCUCUGAACAUUCACAUCCAAGUCUUUGUUUGGACGUAUGUUUUCAUUUCUCUCGGGAAUGGAACUGCUGGCUUAUUUGAUAAAUCCAGGUUCGGUAUUUUAAGAAACUGCCCAACUUUCCAAAGUGGCUGCACUGUCUUAUUUCUCCCCAGCAAGGUAGGAGGCUUCUGGCUUCUCUGCACCCUCACCAGUGCGUGUUGAUUGUCUGUCUUUGUGAGAAAGCCGCUCUAGUGUCUGAACUGGUUUUCAGUCCGUAGCUCCCUGAUGAUGGUGGGCAUCUUGACCAUUUGUACAUCUUCUUUGGUGAAAUGUCUUCAGAUUGUCUUCCCAUUGUUUACUUGGGUUAUUUGUCUUCUUACUGAGUUGUGCGACGUUUUUUAUGCAUUCUGGAUACAAGUCCUUAUGGGGCAUGUGAUUUGCAAACGUUGUUUCUCCUACUCUGUGGCUUGGCUUGUCACUUCUUAAUGGUGCCUUUUGAAGAACAAAAGUUUUAAAAGUUUGAAGUAUCAACUAGUUCUUUAUUGUAGGUGCUCCUGAUACUGUAUCUAAAAGCUUACUACCUGACCCAAGAUCGUGAAGAUUUACACCUGUUUUCUUCUACGAGUUUUAUAGUUUCAGCUCCUCCAUUUAGGUCUGUCACCUACUUGUAGUCACCUUUUGUGUAUGAUAUCCGGUAAGGGUUUACUGUGUACUUUAUGAGUUUAUGAGUAACUCAUUCCCUAACUUCAACUGUGGAUGGGACAGAAAAGCAGAAGAGGAGCUGCCCCCCCUCUGCCGCCAUCACCCUGUGGUCUGCAGGAAGCCCGUGGGGCCUUGUUCUUCCUGCCUCGGAUGCACGGGGCUCACUGUAGGCGCUGCACCCCGUCCUGGCAGGGCAUGGGGUGCUGGGAUUUGUGACCUUACUUCAUGUACACUUUAGGAGUCUGACCACCCUAUUUCAUCAACGUUGUUAAUAUUCUCCACUGCUUUUCUUCUGUGUUUGCAAACAUACAGAUAGAAUGGCAUUCUGAAACUCCAUGGAAGACUUUUCUUAAUGUCCUAGAAUGUUUGGAAAGACCUGGAUAAAGACUAUGGACUGUAAGAAGAGAAAGUAUAAACUGUGUAAUUAAUUAAUUUCAGAACUCCAAAGGGAUUAUUAUUCAGCAACCGUAGUUUUGUUCUUACGUCCUUAAAAUUCAGCAGAACAUGGAUGCCUGAAAUUU